AUGGAGCAGGACAGAAUUGUAAAGAAACGAACAGUCAGCACUGAUCAACAUGCAGGUUCAAAUCGUACUUCCGGUUCCGCACCUGGUCGUCGUCAGUAUCGCCUUAUGAGCAAAUUUACCCGAAGGCUGAAUAUCACAAGAUUCAUUGCUCCCGAAUGCUGCGCCUCCAGUCACUUCAACAGCACGACUAAGAACUUCAUGCUUACGCGACGACGUAUCACUAGACCAGUGGGCAUCUUCAGAAAUGAAGUUUCGUCGAAUCCGGUUUUUGCUUCCACUUCGACGUUCGAUGACACCAUUCAGACUGAGGAAGACUUACGCCACAUUUUAACCAUCGAUCCUACCGCACCCGCGAAGAAGCCAAAAUUAAAGUCACAACUUUCCCUGCCGCAAAUUAAUCCAUCUAUUUCGUCUUCCUCUGACCAGCCGGUGGCGAGCAGCGAAGCGAAGUAA